UUUUAAUGUGAAAAUCCCAAUUGUCACCCACAAAAUUCAAUGCGUCUUGAGUUCUAAGAGCUUUUCCAGAUUGAAUCUGGUUUCUUUCACGUCCGAAUUCAUCCUCAUCUUCCAUGUUUCUCUCGGAUGUCAUGGGCGUUGACUAUUUACGGUUGGACCUUCAUAAAGCAAAGGCCUCCAUGGCUCCAACUCUCCCACCUCCACCACCUUUCUCCUUUUUUGACUCCAAUGCAUACGCCCAAAUCUGCACGAAACUUCGCAUGCAUAUCACAUACUCAUUACUUUAUCAAUUGAAACACCCAUCUGUCUGAUUCGAGAAUCUAAUUUGAACUUUUGGUUGGGAAGUCAUAGCAGCCGGUGGGUGAAAAUAGCGAGAGACAUAGAACCAUAUUUGAAGCGUUGCUUAGGGUUCAUUGCCAACCCACUUGGGAAAAAGUGUUUUCUGUUUCUGAUAGAUACAUUGAACCUGGAUGGGAUUUGAGGCUUGAAGGUGUUCUGCGUAAUUGGUUAAGUAUUUCUUUUCAAUUGUUUAUGUUGUUGCGGUUUCUGGAUAAUUAUUCUAUUAUUCUUGAACCAUCAAGUGUGCUGUGAGAAAAAUAUGAUUGUUUAUUAUUAUUAUUAUUAUUAUUAUUAUUAUAGGAUUUCUAACUUUCUAGGCUUAUAAUCAUGUGAACGCCACUGAUUUUGGACUUCUUUUUGCUUAAUUUGGUACUAUUGUCAACUUCAGACUUUUAAAAUUGAUACAGUUAGGCUCUCACUUCGAAAUUUGAUAUAAGAUCAUGCUGUUAAGCAACAGUUCUUGAUAACUAUGAUGAGCUAUGAAAAAAGGUUUCUAGAAUUGAUAUACAUAGUGUAAAUUUUGAAUCAGCAAUGGGUUACAGGUUAGUGGGGGACUCCUUUAGAUACUAUAGAUGUAUUGGUGAAUCCACUAUCAGUGGUGUUCAUGGAAGGCAUAUGUAUGAUUGGAUGAAAGUAGUCUGCUAUUCUUCAGUAAUCAGUGAGUUUGUUAAGUUAAGUAUAACUACAAUGGCUCAUCAAGAUAAGGAUCAUGAAACAAAGGACAUGGAGACAAGAACUUUUAUCCCCUCACAAAAUGUACCUUACAUUCACAAAGUUGGAAUACCCCCAAAACAAGGUCUCUUGAAGGAAUUCAAAACCACAGUGAAAGAAACGUUUUUUUCAGAUGAUCCUCUACGCCCUUUUAAAGAUCAACCUAAAUCUAGACAAUUUAUGCUUGGCCUUCAAGCAGUGUUCCCAAUUCUUGAAUGGGGUAGAAAUUAUAAUCUCAAAAAGUUUAGAGGAGACCUUAUUGCAGGACUCACCAUUGCAAGUCUUUGUAUUCCUCAGGACAUUGGGUACUCAAGACUUGCAAAUUUACCUCCUCAGUUUGGACUAUACUCGAGCUUUGUACCUCCUUUGAUUUAUGCAUUUAUGGGUAGUUCAAGAGAUAUAGCCAUUGGACCAGUUGCAGUGGUGUCUCUAUUAUUAGGGACACUUCUUCAAAAUGAAUUUGAUCCAGUGAAUGAUGCUGUUGAGUAUCGUAGGCUUGCGUUUACAGCUACAUUUUUUGCAGGAAUUACCCAAGCUACCCUUGGAGUUCUCAGAUUAGGGUUCCUAAUCGACUUCCUAUCACAUGCUGCUGUUGUUGGAUUUAUGGGUGGAGCUGCCAUCACUAUCGCCCUUCAACAACUCAAGGGCUUUCUUGGAAUAAAACAUUUCACAAAGAAAACCGAUAUUAUUUCUGUAAUGAAAUCAGUUUUCGGGUCCAUUGAUCAUGGGUGGAAUUGGCAGACAAUAGUGAUUGGAGCAAGUUUUCUAGCUUUCCUACUCUCUGCUAAGUACCUUAGUAAAAAGAAUAAGAAGCUCUUUUGGGUGUCUGCAAUUGCACCAUUAAUCUCAGUUAUCUUGUCUACUUUAUUCGUGUAUAUCACACAUGCGGAUAAACAAGGUGUUGCAAUUGUGAAACAUAUAGAGAAAGGAAUCAACCCUCCAUCUGUAAAUGAGAUUUAUUUCACGGGUGACAAUCUUCUAAAAGGGUUUCGGAUUGGUAUAGUAGCUGGAAUGAUAGCAUUAACAGAAGCUGUUGCUAUUGGAAGAACAUUUGCUUCAAUGAAAGACUACCAAGUAGAUGGGAACAAAGAAAUGAUAGCAUUAGGAACAAUGAAUGUUGUAGGCUCAAUGACAUCAUGCUAUGUUGCAACAGGUUCUUUUUCACGAUCAGCUGUAAAUUACAUGGCAGGAUGCCAAACAGCAGUUUCCAACAUAGUGAUGUCAUUAGUUGUGUUUUUAACCUUAAAAUUCUUGACACCACUUUUCGAGUACACCCCAAAUGCAAUCCUAUCUUCCAUCAUCAUAUCUGCUGUAAUUGGUUUAAUCGAUUAUGAAGCUGCAAUUUUAAUCUGGAAAAUUGACAAAUUCGAUUUUGUUGCUUGUUUGGGAGCUUUUCUUGGUGUGGUUUUCGCAUCAGUGGAGAUUGGUCUUUUGAUUGCUGUUUCGAUAUCUUUUGCUAAGAUUCUUCUUCAAGUUACAAGGCCAAGAACUGCUAUUUUGGGAAGGAUUCCAAUGACAACUGUUUACAGAAACAUUCAACAGUAUCCUGAAGCAACUAAAGUCCCUGGUGUUUUGAUUGUCAGGGUUGAUUCUGCUAUUUAUUUCUCUAAUUCCAACUACACUAAAGAAAGAAUAUUGAGAUGGUUAACCGAGGAAGAAGAUCAUUUGAGAGCAACAUAUCAACCAAAAGUUCAAUCCUUGAUCAUUGAGAUGUCACCUGUUACAGAUAUUGACACUAGUGGAAUACAUGCAUUUGAAGAGUUGUACAGGAGUCUGGUUAAGAGAGAUGUUCAGCUUGUUCUUGCAAACCCUGGUAGACUGGUGUUAGACAAGUUAUAUGCAUCGGGUUUCCCUGAUCUGAUAGGUGAAAACAAGAUCUUUCUCACAGUUGCAGAUGCUGUUCUCACUUGUGCACCCAAGAUACUUCAACAAGUAUGAUCACCCAACUUCACUACAUGAAAUGAGCAUAGAGUUUUUGUAGAUUUGAGCUCUAGAAAUCCAUAUAUAUAUAUAUAUAACUUAAAACUACAAUAACAAGAAGAAAGCAUGAAUU